CGACGCAGUAAAUGUCCACAGGUUGAAUUAUUGGGUCUAGGCAUCUACAGUGAUAAUUGCGAGCUCUUGAAAUAAUAAGAUAUCGAAGACUCUUUGUUAUGAUUAAAUUAAAAAUCGCAAAAAUUUCUUGUUACUUGAAUAUACCGUCAUCUAGUGAAUAGAAAUUGAAUAACUGAAUGAAAUCGUCUGAUCAUGUGAUGUAAAUAAUAAGUGAAAAAGGAUGCAGAAUCUGACAAUGUCAAAUGAAGCCUGAGUGUUGGAAAUUUUAUUUUAACCAAAUGUUGAAUUUAUUGUUAUCGUUUGUUAUUGUUCUUUACCAUUAUUUUUAAUAUGAAAUGUUUUGGUUAACUUAAAUGUGAUAUUCGGUGUUUUCUUAUUUUCCUCUCACUCUUCUGAGGAAAAUCAAGUCUUCUGCUUACAUCUGUACAUUAAUAUUAUUUAAAGUUGUUGUUGUUUUUUUAAGCAAUGGAUUUGGAUGAUAACUUAACGGUUGAGGAAAGAAAUCUUAAAAUUGCUGCUCAAAUUGGACAAUCUCUGUUGGAACAGAAUAAUGUCCUUAAACUACAUAACGAAGAAUUGGAAGCCGAAUUGGCUGCUGCCAAUGAAACCAUUACCCAGUUAAGGCAUGAGAUUGCUACUAAAAAUCAGUUGAUUCAUCUUUACAGUGCUGAUUUGGAAACUACGGAAACUGAAAUUGAUUCUAUCGAUGAAACCAGUUGUUCUUCUUCCCGUGAUAAUAAACAAACUCACCAAAAUAACUGGGAAUUGUUACAAGAGCAGAUUAAUUUUCUGGAAAAUGAGAAUCUUAAGCUACGAUCUGAAGCAUCUCGCCGUACGAUGGACAUUGAGGCUGAAGAGAAGAAGGAAUUUUUGUUGAUACAUGACUGUGCCAAGCAAUUGAUUGAGGCCAAUUUACAAUUGAUUAACUUACAGGAGGAGCUUGCCCGUCGAGCUGAGGAUAAUGUUCAUCAACAUGAAGAGAUUACCAAUCUUUUAACUCAAGUUGUUGAGCUAAAGAAAAAGAUACGUGAUCUUUCACAGGAGAAUGAAGGACUUUACAAUGCUCUUGAUUUGGCACAUGAAUGUCAGAAUGUUCUAUCUGGUGAAUUGUUAGAAGUUAAAGAAAAAUAUAAUGUACUUAUGACUGCAUUCCAAGAGCUCCAAGAAGAUAUGAAACGUAAAUCUGAUACGAGUCUAUCUAAUUGGCCACCGCCUGGUUCUUAUAUGCCCUUUGGUGAAUCUUUGGCCGCUGAACUUGAAGACAGUCUUGAUAGUUUUGGCUACGAAAGUGGACUCUCCAGCCUGAAUAGGAUACGUAAAGAUACUGAUGAAUCUCGUUGUCACAGCCCUGAUUCUGUUUUGGGUGGAUCCAGUGAAUUUCCAAAAGGAAAGCUCAAAAGACAAGCACAGAAUAGUUAUAUACUCGGUCGUACCUUUCAACUAUCUAAUAAGUUAAAAAUGGUUAAACCUAUGGAAGGAUCCGAAAUUUUAUCUCGAUGGAAGCAAAUGGCCACUCCGCAUUUAGGGGCAAUUUUUGAGAAUCCUUCUGGUGUACAAAACAGAAUCAUUGAAAACAUUCGUACAGACCUUUCCAAUCAUGUAGCUAAAACAGCAGGUGUUGCAGUAUCCGUCACGGUUACUUCAAUGUCUCUAAACAAUCAAAGUAAUAAUACAACUUGUAAUAACAAUUAUAGGAUCCGGUUAUCAAAUAACAAUGAGAAUGAUGGUCAUCUACAAGAUAAUAAUCAUGCAGAUGAAAAAGAUUACCCAGGGAAAAUAUUUGAUUCAACACUAUCAACAUAUACUUAUACCACAACAUCACUCUCAUUGACUAGUGAAUCAACGCUAGUUACACCCAGUUUCUCUGCAGUUCAGUUAUCGACUGGCCACAUCAUUCCAAUUUCAAGUGUUUCUACUUCCAUUUCCUCUGAUUCAUUCAAUCGUUAUGCUUCUAAAAACAGAUUCAACCUAAACUCAGAAAACAAUUUAACUUCAAAUGAUUUCCCUUCAUCAUCUACAUCAACAACCGCGUCUUCACAAAUUACUGCAAGCAAUAAUGAUUUAGCAACAACAUCUUCAUCAAAUUCCAACAUCAGCAAUUAUCCACCCAUUGUAUCUAGUUCUACCUCAUCCAUUAGCAUGCUUUUUCAAGACUUACUUCGCAAUAAGUACUCAAACUAUGUAAAAUAUUUAUCUGGUGCAUUAGCAGCUAUGGAAAUAUCUUCAAACGAUAUUAUUUCCUACCGAGAUCUUACCCAUAAUAAUAUAGCAUGUUCAUCAUCUCAUAAAGGUGUAACAAACUCACCUUCUUCAUUUUCAUCAACCUUACCAAAGUCUCCAUCUCAACAUCAUAAUGGAUUAAAUUAUCUAACUGAAACCAAUGGAUUGGACAAGCUCAGUUCAAUGUCGCUUUUAUGUGAAUCCUGUGAUAGAGGAGUAAUCACCAAAGGUAGCACCAUAAAUCCUGCUUCAGUGGGUGAUCAAAGUAAAGAUGGUUCCAAAGAGAGAUAUUCAAAGAUUGAAUUACAUCGCAUUGUUUAUUCUGGAAAAUUAUUGCCUCUAAAAACUCUGAGGAAAGGAGGUCUUGUAUGAAAGUUUAAAAAGAUAUAUAUGCAAAGUUUCAAUAUUUGCAUUGAAGCUGUGUAAAUAAGCCUUUACUAUUGAGAAUUAGUUGAGCAAAAAUUAAAAUAAAAUAAAUCUAGUUUCAAUCAAUAUAAA